UAAAGGAAGGAUUAGAAUCAGUUUCACACGCAACUCUAAGCUAAAACGUAGAUCAAUUUUUGACGUAUAGGUGAUAAAAAUAGGCUAAGUAAAUAAUUACGUAACCAAAAGUGAGAGUGCUGAUAAAAACCGCAUGGUGAUGAGUACCGAAAUGCCGUAUAUCAGAACUCUUGAUGACACCACGGAAUUAAAUCGUAUGGUCAAACGCCUAUACGGCUCACCUUCAAUCGGAGGUUUUAUAGAAGUAGGCCCCUUUAAUAAUUUGAUGAUAAGCGAGUAUGAAAGUGUGUACGAGGAGAUCAAACAGUUUCCGAUCCACGACGAUGACAUCUUUGUUGUGGGUUACCCUAAAUCUGGAACUCGUUGGACGGAAGAAAUGGUUUGGUUGAUAUGCAAUGAUUUCAAUUACGGGAAGGCAAAGGAAGUAGAUUUGAUAAACCGGUUUCCGACACUAGAGACCGACGGAGUUUCAUUCUACAACAUCAACGUCGGAAAAAUACUGUCCGAAAUGGAACGACCUCGCCUAAUCAAAACACAUCUACAUUGGAGUUUGUUUCCAAACGAAAUUACCAGUAACGCCAAGAAACCAAAGUUCAUUGUCGUACUUCGUUCCGUCGAAGACGUGUGCCUCUCCCAGUUCCACCAUCACCGAACAACUCUGGGAUUUAAGGGGAGCUUCGAAGAGUUCUGCAAGCUAUUUUUGGCCGGAAAAGUUCUUCAAGGUCCCUACUGGUCCCAAGUGUUAAGCGUGUGGGACCAAAGAGAACACCACAGUAUGCUGUUCAUCAGGUACGAAGAUAUGAAGAAGGACCUGGCGGCGAUCAUCCGUCAAGUAGCGAACUUCCUAGGAAAAACUGUGCCAGAGGAAGAAAUGCCUAAGCUUAUGGAUCAUCUCAGUUUUGAUUCGCUGAAGAAGAAUCCCGCGUUUAACCACGAGGAUAUGCUAGCCCAAUUCAAUGGGGAUUGCAAUCCGUUUACUAGAGAGGGAAUUUUCGGUGGUCAUAAGGCGGUUAUGACGCCAGAAAUGAUCGGCAAUUUUAAGGAUAUGAAUGAAAAAAUGUUUAGGGGGACAGGAUUUUCAUAUAUUAAAUAA